AUGGGGAUAAAGAUUGAGAUGAUUGUGGUCUUAGUGACCCUUUUGCUUAUUUGUAUCACUUCUUCAUCAUUAGCUUACAAUAAGAACUAUGAAGAGGAGCAUCUUCUUAGAAGAAACCUUCUUGCUAAUGGUCUUGCUAGAACUCCUCCUAUGGGGUGGAACAGUUGGAAUCAUUUUGCCUGUCAGAUUGAUGAAAAAAUGAUCAGAGAAACUGCUGAUGCACUUAUUUCUACUGGUUUAUCUAAGCUUGGAUACACCUAUGUCAAUAUAGAUGAUUGUUGGGCUGAACUUAAUCGCGACCAUAAGGGUGAUCUGAUGGCAAAGAACUCAACUUUUCCUUCCGGUAUUAAAGCUCUUGCAGAUUAUGUUCACGGCAAGGGUCUUAAGCUUGGAAUAUAUUCAGAUGCAGGGUAUUUUACAUGUAGCAAACAAAUGCCUGGUUCACUGGGCCAUGAGUUCCAAGAUGCCAAAACUUUUGCAUCAUGGGGCAUUGAUUAUUUGAAGUAUGACAACUGUUUCAAUGGUGGAUCAAAGCCAACUGAGAGGUAUCCUGUUAUGACUCGGGCUUUAAUGAAGGCAGGCCGUCCGAUCUUCUUUUCGAUAUGUGAAUGGGGAGAUUUGCACCCAGCUUUAUGGGGUGCUAAAGUGGGAAAUAGUUGGAGAACUACCGGUGACAUAAGUGAUACAUGGGAAAGUAUGAUUUCAAAGGCUGAUACUAAUGAAGUUUAUGCCGAGCUAGCCAGGCCUGGUGGCUGGAAUGACCCUGAUAUGCUUGAGGUUGGAAAUGGAGGGAUGACGAAAAACGAAUACAUUGUUCACUUCAGUUUAUGGGCCAUUUCAAAGGCUCCACUUCUUCUAGGUUGUGAUGUAAGAAAUGUGACUAAAGAUACCAUGGAGAUAAUCUCUAAUAAAGAAGUUAUUGCAGUUAACCAAGAUUCGCUUGGUGUACAAGCUAAAAAGGUUAGGAUGGAAGGUGAUCAAGAGAUAUGGGCAGGUCCUCUUUCUGGAUACAGGGUAGCCGUCGUGUUGCUUAACAAAGGUGCACAGCGUAUCGCUGUAACAGCGAAUUGGGAUGACAUUGGCAUUCCACCGAAAAGUGUUGUUGAAGCAAGAGAUCUUUGGGAGCACAAGACAUUGGAGAAUUAUUUUGUGGAUAAGUUGAGUGCGACAGUAGAACCACAUGCAUGCAAAAUGUAUGUGCUGAAACCAGUAGCAUGA